AGCAGUGCUACUCAUCUGAAAACCACAUAUAUGACUCUCAUCGGAAGUCUUCACUCGGGGUAUACUUCGUCUUCCAGCGGGUCGACCUUGGAGAAACUCGACCAGCUGCACUGAUGCGCUUAGAUCAAGAGGAUUCGAACGUCCCUUCAAUCACUGCCGCCUCGACGAUGAUGCACUGAUCGAGGUAGUGAGAUUCGGUUCCAUCGAGCUCGAGGUCGAUGCCUGUUCGUCUCUCCCGUUGAUCUCAUUUCUACGAUUCAGUCCAGCACUAUUCAUCGUUUCGUCCUAGAUCUUUCUUUUACGAGUUGAUCCUUGAACGCAGGAGGGCUAGCUCGGGAGUGGAAUAUCUACUGACCCCCGACUCCGCAAGGCAUGUCCAAGCCAGCAGCCUCACCACCCUCUUCUUUGCCUUUGCCCUUGUGUCCAUCCAACCAACCAGCCACAGCCACUAGAGAGGUCGAAUCCUUACUUUCUUGCAAACAAUGGGCCUCCUUCCAAUCCACAGAAUCAUCUUGCUGUGUUUUUGCUCGUCUAGCUUAUUACUGCCUCCUCCAGUAUCAUCGGACAGCCGCAUCCUUCCCAACAAGCCGCUGACUGUUGGAAGCACGCUCACCUCCGAUGACGGCACUUUUGCCCUGGGCUUCUUCUCCCCGUCCAACCCGGACAAGAAACACUACUACUAUGUUGGUAUAUGGUACGCCAACAUUCCCAAGGACAACGUCGUGUGGGUUGCCAACCGUGGAACCCCAAUAAUCACGGACCCUUCCUCUGCAACACUUGCCCUGACGAACACGUCCGAUCUUGUUUUGUCCAGCGCGGACGGCCAGACGCUUUGGAUGGCAAACACCAGCGCUGCUGCGUCGUCGGAGCCGGAGACCACCGCCGGAGAAGCCACGCUUGACAACACUGGAAACUUCAUCCUCUGGAGUUCACAGGGCGCCGUCUUAUGGCAAAGCUUCGAUUACCCGGCCGACACUCUUCUGCCUGGCAUGAAAUUUAGAGUCACCCACCGUAGGCAUGCACUGCAACAGCUGGUCUCUUGGAAGGGCCCCCAAGACCCAGCCCCGGGCAGCUUCUCCUACGGCGCAGAUCCUGACGAGCUCCUGCAGCGCUUUGUCAGGAAUGGCUCGAGACCAUACUGGAGAAGUCCGGUGUUGAAUAGUUACUUGGUAGCCAGGUCAUAUAUCGGAAUUCUCAAGUCCACUAUCUACCUCACAAUAAGCAAAUACGACGACGGUGAGGUCUAUAUGUCCUUUGGCGUACCCGGUGGCUCCUCAUCGUCAACUGCCAUGAAGAUCAAAAUGGACUACUCAGGAAAGAUAGAAAUCCUAAUCUGGAACACCAACAUUUUGGAAUGGUACGUCCUGGAGGCACAGCCUAUGAAUGAAUGCAGUACAUAUGGAUAUUGUGGUCCGUUUGGGUACUGUGAUAACACAGAGCUUAAUGCGACAUGCAAGUGUCUCGACAGUUUCGAGCCAAUAAGCAACGAAGGCAGGAGCAAUGGAAGUUUUACAGAAGGAUGCCGCCGCAAGGAGACACUAAGAUGCGGCGAAGAAGAUACUAGUUUCUUAACUUUGGCGGACAUGAAGAUUCCCGACGAGUUCGUGCAUGUCAAGAAUAGAAGCUUCGACGGAUGCACGGCGGAAUGCGCUAGCAACUGCUCCUGCACAGGUUACGCUUAUGCCAAUUUCAGCACCACGGCUUUCACCGGGGAUGACACAAGGUGCCUAUUAUGGAUGGGAGAUUUGAUUGACACAGCGAAGCGCACUGGAGAUGGAGAAAAUCUUUACCUUCGAGUAAACAGAUCAAGUGAUAAAAAGAGGAGGAGCAAUAUCCUGAAAAUUACUCUGCCAGCUGUAUCAAGUUUGCUAAUACUCGUAUUCAUGUGGUUUGUUUGGAUCUGUUACUCCCGAGUCAAAGAAAGAAAUAAAAAAACUUGGAAGAAGGUAGUAUCAGGAGUUUUGGGCACUUCUGAUGAACUCGAGGACGCGAACCUUCCUUGUAUUAGCUUCCGAGAAAUUGUACUAGCAACGAACAAUUUUUCUAGCUCCAACAUGCUUGGACACGGAGGUUUCGGACAUGUUUAUAAGGGAACAUUAGAAUGUGGUAAGGCAAUUGCCGUGAAAAGGCUUAGUAAGGGUUCUGGCCAGGGGGUACUGGAGUUCAGAAACGAAGUAAUUCUCAUCGCGAAGUUGCAGCACAGAAACCUAGUUAAACUUCUUGGUUUCUGCAUUCAUGGAGAUGAGAAACUAUUGAUAUAUGAAUACUUAUCAAACAAAAGUUUGGAUGCCUUUCUUUUCAAUUCCACAAGAAAACCAUCGCUUGAUUGGUCAAAAAGAUUCAACAUAAUCUUAGGGAUAGCUAGAGGACUUCUUUAUCUUCACCAAGAUUCAAGGCUGAAGAUAAUCCACAGGGAUCUCAAAGCAAACAACAUAUUACUGGAUGAUGAAAUGAACCCCAGGAUAUCUGAUUUUGGUAUGGCAAGAAUUUUUUAUGGCAACCAGCAACAAGGAAACACCAACCGCGUUGUUGGCACAUAUGGUUACAUGUCGCCUGAAUAUGCUCUGGAAGGUGUGUUUUCUGUCAAGUCUGAUGUGUAUAGCUUCGGAGUUUUAGUUCUAGAGAUUGUGAGUGGCUCGAAGAUCACCUCUACGCACAUGACAGAACAUUACCCCAACCUUAUAGCCUGUGCUUGGAGCUUAUGGAAGGAUGGGAACACAAAAGAAUUUGUUGACUCGUCCAUUGUUGCGGAUAGUUGUUCGCUUGAUGAGACUUCACAGUGCAUCCAUAUCGGGCUCUUGUGUGUUCAAGACAACCCAAAUGCUCGGCCACUCAUGUCAUCAGUUGUGUCUAUCCUGGAGAAUGGAGACACAUCACUUCCACCUCCAAAACAGCCAAUAUAUUUUGCAGAAAGAAACUACGGAACUGACGGAGCAGCAGAAGCUGUUGUGAAUUCUGCAAAUACUAUGAGUGUUACAGCGUUGGAGGGACGCUAGACGUAUAGUUCCUGCAAAUACCGAUGCAACACAUGCAUGAGAAAGCAACAUACAUUGUAUAGGAUGAAAACGGUCGGAAACGGUAUUUAUUCGGUAAUCAGUUUUUUGGUCGUUUUUAUUUGAUUGCGAAUAAAUAGGAUAUAUAAUACACUAUAUAAAUUUGUAUUCUUGUUUAUAACAUUGAGCUUGUAAAGAUUCAUAAAAGUUAAUCCUCAAAUUCAUCA